UUGCUUACACCUGCCGUGUCAUUAAUAAUAUUGCCACACAACGUUCACUUCACACUUGCGAUUAUUGUGGACGUUUCCCGAAACUGCUCUACCUACCAUGCCCACUAAGGAUGUCACCAAGGAGCGUCUCGGUAAAUACAAGAACAAGGGGAAAGACCCGGCUAAACUCCAAGAAAAGAGGGUGUCUGAGUGCGUGGAGCUGCGGAAAGCCAAAAAGAAUGAGAACCUCAUGAAGAGACGACACAUUACUUUGUCCUCUCUGCCGGACGAGGAGACCCUCUCGCCAACUUACAUCCCCGACGACAAAGUCCCAACUUUAAGCAUUGAGGAAAUUAUAAAAGCUGUCAACUCUGACUGCAAGGAUGCUCAAACUCGAGGAUGCCAGGCUGCUAGAAAACUACUCUCUCAAGAGCGUGACCCUCCUCUGAAGGAGAUCAUAGACACUGGACUCCUGUCCCGCUUUGUGCUCUUCCUGGGUAUGGAUGAUGAGCCCGCGCUUCAGUUUGAAGCAGCUUGGGCUCUGACCAACAUCGCCUCUGGAACAUCUUGGCAUACGCAGCAGGUGGUAGAGCAUGGUGCUGUACCCAGCUUCAUUUCUUUGUUGGCUUCGCCAUUGUUGCACAUCAGUGAACAAGCUGUCUGGGCUCUUGGCAACAUUGCAGGUGAUGGCCCAGCAUAUAGAGACGUCCUCAUUGAAUGUAAUGUCAUUCCAGCCUUACUGGCACGUGUCGCUCCGGAUACCCCUGUAAGAUUUAGUUUUAUUGCACCAAAAAAUGUUUGGUGGCUGCCAUACAUCAUAUCUUGUCAUUUCCAGGUUGGAUAUCUGCGUAACCUCACAUGGACUUUGUCAAACUUGUGCAGAAAUAAAAAUCCAUUUCCACCCUUGUCUGCAGUCCAACAGGUGCUUCCUACUCUGAUCCAGUUUCUCCACCAUGGAGACAAGGACAUCCUGUCAGAUGCAUGCUGGGCAAUCUCCUACCUCACAGACGGUGACAAUGAUCGCAUUGAUAUAGUAGUGAGAACUGGCAUUGUCCAUCGGCUGGUGGAGCUCAUGAGCCAGAAGGAGCUGAGCGUCCUGACGCCUGCCCUUCGUGCCAUUGGAAACAUUGUGAGUGGCUCAGACCUGCAGACGCAGGCGGCCAUUGAUGCUGGAGUUCUUGGUGUCCUUCCCCAGCUAAUGAGGAACCCAAAGGCCAGUGUGCAGAAGGAAGCCGCAUGGGCAUUGUCAAACAUCGCAGCGGGGCCGUGUAAGCAAAUCCAGCAGCUAAUCACAUGUGGCCUGCUCCCCCCUCUGGUAGAAUUACUUAGAAAUGGAGAUUUCAAGACUCAAAGGGAGGCAGUGUGGGCAGUGACUAACAUUACCAGCGGGGGCACUGUGGAGCAGGUGGUCCAGUUGGUGCAUAGUGGGGCACUUGAGGCAAUCAUCAAUCUGCUGCAAGUAAAGGAUGCCAAAACUGUUCUGGUCAUAUUGGAUGCCAUCAACAACGUCUACAUGGCAGCAGAGAAGCUCGGCGAAAUCGAGAAACUAAGCCUGCUGGUUGAAGAGCUGGGAGGAAUGGAUCGCAUUGAAGGUCUGCAGAACCAUGAAAAUGAGAUGGUGUACCAGGCAGCACACAACCUCAUUGAAAAGUAUUUUAUGCAAGAUGAGAUUGAGGGGUUGAAAGUUGACACCAACGAAGAUGCCUUUUUAUUUAAUGACUCAGAGAUUCACAAGAAAUUUGAGUUUUAAACGAUUGCAAGAGUAAAACAUUUCAUACCAAAC